CCUUGACCUGGUUUCUAUGUGCCAAAGAGAAAUGUAGAAGUACGUCUCUUCAUUUCCUGAGACUAAAGGUAUAUUUGCUGCUGGAAAAUGACAGCAACACAUUCCAGUGAAAAGGAUCCUUCCAGAGAUGGCAGCCUGGAGAGAUUUAAUUAUUUUACAAAAGAUGACUUUGAAAAUGACUGGGACAAAGUGGCUGAGCACAAGUUUUGUCGAGUCUAUAAGGUGAAACUUAAACUCUGGCGGGAAACAUGUGCCCUAAAGACGACAACCAGUGACUACAGGAACAUGAUAAAUAUGUCCAAAAUUGGCAAAGUGAAAUUCAAUUAUUUAAUCUCCAUUUACGGAAUAAGCAAAGAUCCACCUGCUUUAGUGAUGGAAUAUAUGAGCAAAGGAUCCCUGGACAACAUCCUGAACAGUCAUGUCUUAAUGUGGCCCAAGAAGUUUCAAAUGAUCCAUGAAGUGACCAUGGGCAUGAAUUUUCUUCACAGUCUGAAACCUCCCAUCCUUCAUUUGAAUUUGAAACCAGCCAACAUCCUUCUUGAUGAUCAUCUGCAUGUGAAGAUUUCAGAUUUUGGCCUCAUUAAAUGGGAGGAGUUCUCUAGUAAGACGGAAUUCGUAGAACACCUGACUGCACGAGGGAACAUACACUAUGUACCUCCAGAGACCUUAACCCAGAAUACUGAACCCCCUGGAACCAAGUAUGAUGUAUACAGCUUUUCUAUUGUUAUGUGGGAAAUUCUCUCUCAACAACACUCAUAUCAAGGGCUGAGUAUGAUAGAAAUAUUAAUCAGAGUGUCAUCUGGCAAAAGGCCUAGUGUUGAGAAGAUCCCUGAAGACAAGCCCCCAGAGAGCCACGAGAUGAUUGGUGUCAUGAAGCAAUCCUGGCACCAAGACUGCAACCAGCGACCUGCUUUCUCUGAGACCAUUUUGUUGACUGAAGUCCUUAGUAAAGUCCUGAAAAUCCCAGACACGAUGUUGCGGGGCGAGAUAAGGAGUCUGAAUAAACAGGAAAGAACAUCAAAUAAAACUGCUGACACUUCAGAUGAUUCUAGCACAAGUAUUUUCUCUCUCCUCAAAAAGAAGGACUUUGAGACCUUUAAGAAAACUCUAAAGAAAGAGCAUGUGUCGAUGCUCUUCAAAGAUAACAACUCUCUUCUUCACCAUGCUGUGGCAAGUGGUGACAAAGAAAGUGUGCAUAUGGUCCUGGAUCUUGGAGCAUUGGUGAACUGCCAGAGUGUAAAAGGCUACACCCCACUUAUCAUUGCAGUCCUGAAUAGGUAUUAUGAGAUCUGCACUCUUCUGACAGAUUGUGGGGCUGAUGUCAACCUCAGCGAUGGUGACCAAUGGACUGCUCUGCAUUUUGCCACCCAGGCUGGUGAUGACAGAUCCACUCGUCUUUUGUUAGACAAUAAGGCGAGAGCUGAUGCCAAAGAGAAGGAUGGAUGGACACCUUUGCACUUAGCUGCACAGAACGGCCACGAGAACAUCGUGAGGAUCUUGCUCCCACGUCUGGAUUGUGUGGAUGAGCCAGAGUGCCAAUCUGGGCGUACGGCACUUCACGUGGCUAGCGUUUAUGGCCAUCUAAAUAUCGUCAAGCUCUUGCUCAAACAAGGAGCUGAUGUAAAUAAAACAGAUAACCUUCAGUCUACUUCUCUACAUCUGGCAGCUGAUGAGGGGCACUUCAGAGUGGUCCGUAUGCUGGUGAAUAGCAAUGCUGAUGUGAAAAAAGUUAAUGAAAGAUGCUACAGUGCCCUUCACUUUGCUGCUAUUAAAGGAUGCACAGGCAUCUGCAGAAUCUUGUUGAGUAAAGGGGUGGACCCUGACAGCAAAACCAAUCAGAACUGGACGGCCAUGCACCUAGCAUCCCUAAAGGGCCAUCCUGAGAUUAUUCAUGUGUUGGAGGAGCACCGAGGCUCAGUCAACAUCCAAGGGAAGGAUGGUUGGACACCUCUGCACCUGGCCUGCCAUCAUGGACAGGAAGAAGUGGUUUCAGUCCUACUAGCAGCAGGUGCUGACCCUAACCUGGCUGAGGAUAAUGGCUGGACACCCCUUCACUUGGCCUGUAACAGUAGCUACUUCCCUAGUGUCUUACAGCUGAUUUCCCAUAAAGCCAAUGUAAACGCCUUGAACAACAACCAGUCAACACCAUUACAUUUAGCCGUCCAGCACAGCAACAUCCCCAUUAUCAAAGCUCUACUAAUGAAUAAUGCACAGCAAGGUAUACUGGACUCUAAAGGAUGUACUGCCUUAACCUUGGCUCAACGAUGCAACAACACAGAAGCUGUGCAGUUACUGGACAGCUAGUAAACAGGUUGAGACACAAAGAGCGAGCCAUGUUCAGUGACAGACAGCGCCACCAUUAAAGGGAUUGGAGUACAAAUUGUUGUACUAACUAUUGAUUUCCUCCCUCUGCAAAGCCUGAUCUUGAUUUAGAUUCCAACAAUUUAACUCAUUUGUAUGAGUUUAGUAAACAGCUCAAGUGUGUUCUCAGAAUAUUAGUAUUAGGAAUAAAUCAAAACUAUUGCAUUUUAUACUAAUAGUAUAUAUAUUUGGAAUAUAAAAAUGCAUUUACCACAAAGUAUGGAAUGUUGAUACCUAAUUAUGUAAUUUAUUUUGAUGUAUUGCCUUUACAAUUGCCCUGUCAUGUACACUCCUGUCUGUGUACAAUAAUAAUGCAAUGGUGAAUAAAAUCACAACCAUUCGUGGCAUUCAAAUAGCAUGUUGCUUUCACAGACAAAAGCAAAAAAACUUGUUCGACAACAUGCUUCUCGCUUCCUAACAGGCAUCCGCUCGUGACUGACAGUUUUUCUUAAAUCCAAAGUAAAUGAACCAUAAUGUAAAACAUUUAAAACAGCUUGGUGGAAUCUCUCAAUGCCAUUAUACACUACCCUACACAUGUAAAACGCAAUAACUACACCAGCACUGAGACUGAGAAAAAUAGCUUAAAAUGUAUUGGUUUUGUGGAUUUUGUACUUACAGUUGAGCUAAAUCCCUCUGUCACAGUCCAGAUCAUAGUCUAAUCUUAAAAUGGACAAGAAUACAAAGAUAUAGUGUCUCAGAAAAUGUAUUUAUUAUAUUUUUUCAACACGCUAUGGCAAAAAUAAAAUAUUUUCAUAUUUUCUUCAAAAGAUAGGUUUUACUUUUAUUUUGAAAGCUCAUGAAAUCAAUCAAAAAUAUUGAAAGAUAGCAACAUUUGCCUCGAUGUCAGCUUCCUUUUCAAAAAUGCUGCCAUGGUACUUUUAGAGAUAGAUUGUGAGUUAAUGCCAGAUUUAUUAAACAAAGUCACAUCGCCUCAGUAUUUGCAAGAACCACCUUUUCAAUCAUUUUCUAAAAAAUCUGGCACACUCACCACAGCCUUUCAAAUGUUUUUGUCCCCAAGAUACAAAAGCCUUUUUAGAGCUAAGAAACCUGUUUUCGGUCAUAUCUAAAUUUAGGCAAAAUCUGUAAUUACUGUUUUGCCUUUGCAUGGAAGUACAGUCCUAAAUAUUUUUUCAGUGUUGCUAUACUGGCAAAGCAUAUUUAACUGAAUGUGAUAUAAACUAAUAAUGACUGAAAUACAGACAUUUUGUAUCUGAUUUUAAUUGGAGUACAUUAUACAUGUCUGAAUGCAUGAAUAUGGUCCAAAAGCUUUAAUUAUUAUUUUCAUUCACUUCAUUGCAAUAAUUUAACAUAUAAUCUUGCUUUUUAUAUAAGAGAACCAGUAAUGCGUAUUCUGAGCUGUUAAAACAAACAUCAGAGUAUCAGAAUUGCACUUUUUUAACAAGGUUCCUCCUUGCUUUUUUCCUCGAGUAUGUUAAUAAAACAUCAAUUCCUUGUGAUGGAAUUUGAACACAUGCACCCAAUUAUCACACUGCAGUUUGAUCUGCAGCCUCUCCACUGUAAUAUACAUAACACUUUCAAUACCUCAUUAAAGUCUGAAAAAUAACAAUUGCUUUCACAAACAUAUCUACAGCUUGUCUUCUCAUUUGAUGUAACCUUCAAUGAUAUGCUGUUAUUUAAUAUUAAAC